CGCGGGUUUUGGGUACUGUCACUGGGAUUGUUGUCACCGAGCAAGACCUGGAGCUGGGUAAGCCACCGAUCAUCCCUCCCCGCUUGGUUCCCUAGAAAACCCAAUAGAAAAUUGCAUCCAUUUUCUCAGAAACCAAACAGGAAACUUGAUUGCAGACCCACAUCGUAAAAAUGCAAUCUUUAAGUGCGAGCAUCCGGUUGGUCCGAAGGCAAAGGGUCGACGGCUCAAAAAUUGCUCAUUUCAGAUCGAUUGGAGCUUACCAAUUGAGCGGCGGUUCUGGGUAUAGCUCGUUGGCGUCGGAUAGUUUGGCCUCUGCCAAGAAAUUGGGGGAUUUAUCGGGUUUUGGGCCUUCGAAAAGUUCCUUGUUUCAGUCAGUUUCCAAGUUUUCGUAUCGAUCUUCGGCCCCGUUCACAACAAUGAGCUCUCAAACUGCGGCCCCAACUUCUUCCUGUAAUUCCAACUUAUUCAAGAGUGCUCAACUAAGCUUUUUUCGAUGUGCGGCAGUUUCACCUCCUUUCCCGAGAAGGUGCAUUGCAACAGGGGGAAAUUCUGUUCAGUCGGCUACUCAAGAUUCAGGAAUGUCCGUCUCUGAUGUAGCUCCUCGCAUCAAAUUCAAGAGGCUUGAUAAAACUGCCCACCACAUAAUGCAGAUUCUAGAUAAGGAAGCUUUAGAGGAAGUGAAGGUGCAGAGAGAAAUACCAGAUGUUAGGCCUGGUUAUAUGGUGCAACUCAGAGUGGAAGUACCCGACAACAAGCGACGUGUUUCAGUCGUGAAAGGUGUUGUGAUUGCUAGACGUAAUGCUGGUCUAAACACUACAAUUAGAAUCAGGAGGCAAGUGGCUGGAGUCGGGGUUGAAUCUCUCUUCCCAUUGUAUUCGCCGAACAUAAAGGAAAUUAAGGUGCUGGACAAGAAGAAAGUGCGGAGGGCCAAGCUGUACUAUGUCAGGGACAAAAUCAAUGCAUUCAAGAAGCAAUCGUAGCUAAUGGGAUCAAAAGGAUGUUGCCUGACAAAGAUCGUGUCCCAUGUAUGACUUAGGUCAGAAAUCC